AUGACUUCUCUUCACUCCCUUCCGCCCUUUGUCCCCUUCAACCUCCUGCUCCUCCACCUCUCCUUCUUGCCCCUUCUCCUCGCUUCGACCCCCGCUGCCCUCUCGCAAGACCCCGCCUCCUCGAGCCCCACCAUAGCCUCAUGCCAGCCUCGGCUCCUGUCGCUGGCCCCCUGCGCUCCAUUUGUGCAGGGCACGGCGCGGUUGCCAUCCGGACCGUGCUGCAACAACCUCAACCAGAUCUACACCCAGCAGCCACAGUGCCUAUGCCUCGUGCUCAACGACACGUCCCUCGUUCCUCUGCCUAUUAACGGCACACUGGUUCUUGAACUUCCCCGGCUCUGCAUCCUCCCAGCUGAUGUCUCUUCUUGUUCAGGAGUGCCUGCAUCUCCAAGCACACCAGCUCCACGGGUCUCUGCAGGAGCGAGAAGGCCCAACAACAACACGGUUCCUGCUUCUCCGGUGGCCGUGGAGGUGGCACCGAGACCGACCAUCAUCAGAUCCGGCCCUGGCCUGAGCAGCGGCGCAACGGUGGAUCGGGAAGGCCAACCCACGUUUCUUGCGGCGGCUGUGGUCCCGUUGUUGUUGUUAGCACAGGCAUUUUAUUGA